GUACUCUUUCUUGAUACCACCAAAUUGGCAGUACAUUUAAAUGGAGCUUGGGUUCAAGGCUCAGGUCGUGAAAUGCUACUCAUUGAAACAAAUGAAAUGACGGAUUUAGAUCAACUGACUCGAUUGAAACAGAAUAUUCUGCUUGAUUUCAUGGCAAAAUUUUAUUGCAAGCUUUUAAUAGAAGCCGUCAGAUUAGACAUUGAUGAUGUGAAUAUUUUUUCGAGCGUUUUCAAAACAACCUACUGA